CACGGGCGUUGUUACAGCGUCGGCCAUUUUGAUUAUAAGAACUCUGCGCGCAGUAAAUGAAAAGGCUCGUACGGACUCACCGUAGUUGUUUAAAUCGGAGCUACAUUAUACACAGGACAAAAUGCUCUCGGCAGCCCAGUUGCUCGAUGAGUUAAUGGGCCGAGACAGAAACUUGGCCCCUGAUGAAAAGCGAUGCAACGUGCGAUGGGACGACGAGAGCGUCUGCCGGUACUAUCUGUGUGGCUUCUGUCCGGCUGAGCUCUUCACAAACACCCGAUCUGACCUGGGUCCUUGUGAGAAAAUCCACGAUGAAAAUCUUAGAACAACGUAUGAGAAAAGCUCUCGGUUCAUGAAGGAGGGAUAUGAGCGAGACUUCCUGCGUUAUCUGCAGUCGCUGCUGGCAGAGGUGGAACGGCGGAUUCGAAGAGGACAUGCGCGGCUUGCACUCUCCCAAGCUCAGCAGAAUGCGGGGGGUCCUGGUCCAGCUGGAAAGAACGAGGAGAAGGCCCAGGUUCUAACAGAGAAAAUUGAAGACCUAGUUUUACAGAUCGAGGAGCUGGGGUCAGAGGGCAGAGUGGAGGAGGCCCAGGGAAUGAUGAAGCUGGUGGAGCAGCUGAAGGAGGAGAGGGAGCUGCUCAGCUCCACCCCCUCGACAAUCGAGAGCUUUGCAGCCCAGGAGAAACAGAUGGAGGUGUGUGAGGUGUGUGGGGCCUUCCUCAUCGUGGGGGAUGCACAAUCACGCGUGGACGAUCACUUGAUGGGCAAGCAACACAUGGGCUACGCGAAGAUCAAAUCUACUGUAGAGGAGCUCAAGGUAACAAGAGUUUCUGACCCACAGAGCCCAUAGCUAGAGGGUAAUGUA